UUUUGGGUCGGAGCUGGAGAGAAUUCUCGACUCGUUCCUCUAUCUUUUCUCCGAUUAAUCAAAAUCUUCGAUUCGUAGCCUCUCUCCUAUACAUUCCGAAAUUGGUUUUGGCGGGACAUAGAAGCCCUAACAAUCUCCUUUAAAGUCCUUGCGAUCAAUCGUGACGGAUCUAGGGUUUCGUUUUAUCUACCCAGAUCCGGGAAUUUUCUUUCAACAUUUCGAGUUUGAAAUAGCUUGCGUUCUGGGUGUUUUGUGGGGUUUUCUGUGAUCGUAAGAUGUCCCGGUGUUACCCGUUCCCGCCACCUGGGUAUGUACGGAAUGAAAUCCGCGACGAGGCUCUGAUCGAAUCGAUCAAGAGAGAAGAGGUGAAGGCUAAGAAAGAAAGGAAGGAGGAGAGAAAAAGGGAAAAGAAAGAAAAGAAGAGGAAGGAAAGGGAAAGAGGGACGGACGGGAGCAAAAAGCACAGUCAUAAGAGACGGCAUAAAGACGUGGAUACCGAGGAUAAACAGAAAGUUGUAAAAAAUUGCGAGAUAAUAGAUAAUGAGGCUGAACUUUUGGAGAAGAGCUGCCUUACCGAUGAACGGGAGAAUCAAACUGCAUCACAAAACUCCUGUGACAGUACUAUUAACAGCAAUGAGAUACCGAAGCAGAGCCUGCCACUCGAUGGCAAGCAUCACACCACCUCUGAAAGCAUCAUACGGAUCAGGUUGCCUGUCAAAAGGCAGAAAGAUCCUGAAGUGCUAACCAGCAAGGAUGACGAGCCUUUUUCUUUCCGGGGAAGGAUUGAAGCAUCUCAACCUGCUCCUAGAGAGUUGGUUGAUCAAUCAUGUUCAACAUCUGCAAGUGUAGCCCCACAACAUGCUCUAAGCUUCACCAAAGAUAACAAAAGGGGUGCCCUUUUUGGUUCUCCUAUGCAUAUCAAGAUGCCGUCCUCCUCGUGUAGUCAUCCAGAGCAACCGAUGGUGGAACUGAGCGAAGAGAAGCCAUGCUCUACCACGGAAGUAAUAGUUCAACCUUCAAGCCUGUGCUCUAUCUGCCCUCCAAAAGUUGCUGUGCAGUUUCUAAAUCUCAUCGAUAAUUGGGCUCCCGACCCGAUUCAGAGUGAGCUACCUGACUCUGAAGAUCAAGAAUGGUGGUUCAUCAAGCCAAACAGUCAUAACAUUGGUGCUGAGAGAUGUCAAGUUAGCGGUCUCGAUACCAGACAGGGAAGUAGUAGUUCUUGGACGCAGUGGCCAAGUGCCCGCUUUCUGCCCGAAGCCGAUAUACAUGCUUUACCCUACACCGUCCCAUUCUGACCCACGAUACCUUUCGACGAGAGGAGAUAGAACAGGCUGGUUGUGAAGUGGUCGGUCGUGUGUUCGGACAUUGGUUUAUGUUUUUCCUUGUAUUCCAGGGGAAGUCCGUCCCUUAGAUAGGUCUAAGACACCGAGGUUGUAAGAGAAAAAAAAACUGAUGCUAUUCUUUUAGGAAGGCAAUAUAGUUAUAUACCAAUAUUAAAAAUCCUCAACCUUUGUAACCACCACGGUAUUGCACCGGCUUCAGACGAAAAGGGUUUGCCCAUUGCACGAGCCUAUA